UUAUCAAAUUUUUUGAACCCUGUGUUCCAUCUUUGUUGAUAAAUAUAGAUUAUUUAUAAAAAAAAAAAUGAAUAUGAAGUUAAUAAACAAAAUUUAGGAUUUAGGGUUUUAUCGCAGUUUGAUUCGGGUGCUCGCGUUCGUCCAUCAAGAGCAAAAUGCGUCCGAGCUUGAUUCAGCAUGUCUGGCCCAACAACAAAAUUGCUGGAAUCUAUAUUCACAGCCUUGGGCUCUCAUUCUAAGUCACGAGUCUCUUCCUCGUUUUGGGUGUUUUAUCUCAUUCUCUCUCUUUCAAGGAAAAAGAAAAACCUAGCCGCAUCCUGCGACCUUGCAGAUAGGUGGUUCUCAAUGAUAGUUCAAAUGGAUUGCAGAGUGUCAUUUCCUCCUAGUCUACAUUUGGUUCCAUUAGGAAGAACUUUGUGCAGAAACAAUAGAAUCACUUUAUCAGCACAUUCAAAUUCAAAUUCAAAUUCAUAUAGGAGAAGUAGUAAACCAACAAAGAACCUUCAAUAUCCACGGCGUACCAAACUACCUCCGGAGUUUGGUGUUAAUUUGUUCUUGAAGAAGCCUAGCACCACCAACACCGAACCAGUUCAUGAUGAUAGUGAUAAGGAUUUCAAUAUAGAGAGCAACGAGGAGGAACAAAGUACUGAUGUUGUUUGGGAAUCGGAUGAAAUUGAUGCCAUAUCGUCACUUUUUCAAGGUAGAAUCCCGCAAAAACCGGGAAAAUUGGAUCGGGAAAGACCUCUUCCUCUACCAGCUCCCUUCAAGCUUCGACCAGUGGGAUUACCUACGCCGAAAAGACUACCCAAUGUGGUUUCUUCUCGUGCUUCCAUGGAUAAGAAAUUAUAUAAAACACCGAGUUUCCUCGUUGGUUUGGCAAGAGAGAUCGGUAAGCUUAAUCCUGAUGAAGAUGUGUCUAUAGUUCUUGGAAAAUGGAUACAGUUUCUGAGAAAGGGUUCUUUAUCAUUGACAAUAAAGGAAUUAGGCCAUAUGGGGCACCCUGAGAGAGCUUUACAAACAUUUUGUUGGGCCCAAAACCAACCUCAUCUUUUCCCAGAUGAUUGGAUUCUUGCCUCGACAAUUGAGGUCUUGGCUAGGAAGCACAACUUGAAGGUUCUAUCCAACCUAAACAAGUUUACUGGUUUGGCAAGUCGUGCGGUGUUGGAGGCGUUGAUUAAGGGUUUCUUAAAAGGAGGAAACCUUAGACUUGCUUGGAGGGUAUUGGCAGUUGCCAGAAGGGAUAAAAGAAUGUUGGAUCCCAGCAUUUAUGCAAAAUUAAUAUUGGAACUUGGAAAGAACCCUGAUAGAUACAAGCAUGUGGAGCCCUUGUUAGAUGAACUCGGGGAGCGAGAUGAAUUGAAUUUAAGCUCACAAGAUUGUACUGCUAUAAUGAAAAUAUGUGCAAAGAUGGGGAAGUUUGAAGUAGUUGAGAGCAUGUAUAGUUGGUUCAGACAGUCUGGUUGUCAACCAAGUGUGGUUAUGUACACUUGUCUAAUUCAUAGCCGCUACACAGAGGAGAAAUACAGGGAAGCAUUGGAUGUAGUUUGGGAAAUGGAGGCUUCAAAUUGCCUCUUUGACCUUUCGGCUUAUCGCGUGGUGAUAAAGGUGUUUGUUGCUUUAAAUGACCUGUCCCGAGCCAUGAGAUAUUUUUCAAAACUUAAAGAAGCAGGAUUUUCUCCUACUUAUGGUUUAUACAAGGACAUGCUUGAUAUUUACAUGGCCUCUGGGAGGAUAGCAAAGUGCAGAGAGAUCUAUAAAGAGGCUGAGAUAGCAGCUUUGAGAGUAUCAAUAUGUCAACCGGUCCUGGACUUGAGUCUCUUGUAGAUCAGACAAUUUCAGUCAUUACAAAUGAUGGACGAAAUAUAGUGGGAGUCCUAAAAGGUUUUGACCAGGCAACAAAUAUUAUUCUUGAUGAGUCGCAUGAACGAGUUUUUUCUACCAAGGUA